ACUACUCAUAUCAUCAACAAUGGCUGCCACCCUCACUCGAUCCGUCCUCCCUUCACUGCGUCGCUGCGCCGCGCCAUCACCGCUCAUGGCCCGCAGCAGCCUCAUGGCUCUCCAUGCCCGCACCUUGACGACGUCGAUGCCCCGCAUGGAGAUCAAGACGCGCUACACGCCAGAGCACGAGUGGGUCUCCCUCGACACCGAGACCAACAUCGGCACCGUAGGCAUCACCGACUAUGCGCAAAAGAGUCUCGGAGACGUCGUCUACGUUGAACUCCCUAGCCAGGGGAGCGAGGUCAAGCAGGGAGAGCAAAUUGGAGCAGUCGAGUCAGUCAAGGCAGCCUCGGACAUCUACUCGCCCGUAGCAGGUACCGUCACGUCGGUCAAUGACCGUCUGGCAGAUGAGGCUGGUCUCCUCAACAAGAGCCCAGAGAAGGAUGGGUGGCUGUGCCAGAUCCGCCUGCUUAACCCCUCGGAGUUCGAGACGCUCAUUGAGAAGGACGCCUACCAGAAGCUCACCGAUGAGGCUAGCGACUAGACUCUUACACGCGCCAGGAAAUAAAAGUACAAAUCCAAUGUGAAGUCUUCAAUUUCGCAGCACGGCGCAGAAAGCGAUUAUGAGAGAGUCGUGGUACACUAGGCGCCAAUAACGCGAAAGAACUUCUUGACCACACGUUUGCCUCCGUCCGCUGCAGCUGCUGUGGCCCUCUUCCUGCUCGAAGUAGCAGACGCUUCCUCGCUGACAGCGCGCCCGCUUCGACCGCCGCUAUGACUUUCGUCCUCUCCGUCAUCCUCAUCGUCACUGUCGAGCUUCAUGCUGGCGCCAGCGAUCAGCCCGACACGGUCAUACGCUGCCUCGCCUGUAGGGAGUCCAGCGGGGGCCAGAAGGUGGGCAUUGAAUGGAUUGAGACCCAGGAUGUGCGAAGCUUUGCCUGUCGUCGCCUCCACCUCGC